UGGAUAUUCAAGUGCGAUCUCACCUGUCCAACACAUCCUCUUCUUCAACCUUCAAUCGCGUCUUUUGUUCUUUACAGUCUUCCAAGGCUGGGCACUAUAUUUUGGCCAUCAAAUCGAUUGAACGCGCAAUGUUUUCCUGGGCAACGUGAAUCUUCACCUCGACUUUGCGACAAGCCGUUCCCUCACCUAAUCUCCCAAUCUACCCUACUAUCUGGACAUUACUACGGGCGCCGCCUCAAUCAUCGACGCCAUGAGUUCUCCAGCGAACCCUCCAGGCCCUCUCACACCUCCCGCAGAGCCAGCCUCUCAAGGACCACAGCCUUCACAACCUUCCGGCACAACUCAAGCACCAGUCGAGGCGCUCCUUUCCCAGCCUCUGACCUCAUUAACAGACGAUGGCAAGUCUAAGAGACCUCGAGACCAUCGAUUAAUACAUCUUCUUCUCGUAUCUCAUGGUAUUUCUGCAUAUCAACAACGCGUCCCUCUCCAGCUGAUGGAUUUUGCCUAUCGAUACACUAGUUCAGUGUUGAGCGACGCACUACACAUUCAAAAUGAAGCCUACGAUCAGGCCGAUACAAGUACCCAGGGCAAGGGACGGGGUGCGAAACACAAUCAGAACAAGUUGGAGGAAGGGGACGUCAGUUUAGCCGCACUGCGCAUGUCGAUAGGGUCACGAAUGGGGUACCAGUUCCAAGGAAGUUUACCCAAAGAAUUUCUCAAGAAUUUGGCAGACGAGCGGAACAGAAUAUCACUAAAUGCGCAGUCACGGGACGGCGACAAGAGUGGUCCGAUAAUUGGAGGUGUACGGUUACCGCACGAGAAAUAUUGCCUGACUGGAGUUGGCUGGGGCCUGAAGGACGAAUGGGACAGUGAGGGUGAGGAGAGCGUUGAACAGGGAGAAGGCGAGGAAAAACCUGAGCCUGAAGAUGUCAUGCAGAUGGACGACAAAAUUGACGAAGAUGAAGAAGGUCUGGGAACGAUGGAGGACGUCUUUGGUGAUGAUGAUGCUGGGGAUGAUGAUGGGGGCGGCGGCGGCGGCGAUGCUGACGGUGAUGCCGAGAUGCAGGGAUGAACGACUGGAGCGUCAGGCUCUGCGAGUAUUCUGAGUCCUCGUGCAUUUUGAUACCCAGGAUAGAUGAAGGCUAUGUAGCAUUGUAUUGUAUUUCUAUUGG